AUGCGUGCCUGGGUUCGCCCCCAUCGCGGCCCCGCAAAGAACAUCCAACUAUCCACCAUCCCCACACCAGCCCUGCCGCCAUCAUCAUCCUCAGACGUCCUAAUCCGCGUAUCCCACGUCUCCCUAACCUUCAACACCAAACUAGUAAUGGCUCUAAUUCCAAACACACCACUAACAAGGCCGUGGGUCCCUGAAAUCGAAUUCUCAGGCGAAAUCGUCGCUGCCGGCGCAAACGCACCGCCAGAAGUACGCGACCCCGGCACGCACGUCAUUGGGUUCGAAAGUGUUCUGAAUUUCGCCAUGGGCCACGGCGUGUUGGCGGAAUACGUGCGUGUUCCGGGCAGUCAUGUUGUGCGUGUUAGCGAUGAGAUUGAUAUGGCGUCGGCGUCCGGGAUUAAUACGUCCGGGAGUACUGCGUUGAAGAUGUGUCGGACGGCUGGUGUUAGGGAGGGUCAUGUUGUUUUAGUUAAUGGGGCUAGUGGGUCUGUUGGAUCUGUUCUUGUGCAGUUGUGUAAGGUCAGGGGGGUGAGGGUUGUUGGUGUUGCUAGUGGAGGGAACGAGGAGAUGUUCAUUGACUACCGCAAGAAUGACCCGCUGCCAGAUUACCUGGCCAGUCACUAUGGUGAUAAGCCAUUCGACUUUAUACUAGACUGCGUCGGCACGCAAUCGCUUUACGCAAAUUCGCCGGCUUAUCUCAAGCCUGAAGGUGCUGUGGUGAAUAUCGGUGCUCUCGAGGGUAUAUAUGUGACGGCAUUCAACAUCCUCGCAAAUAAAUUCCUGCCUACCUGGCUGGGUGGCGUGCCGCGCCGUUAUAUCACGUUUAGCACGCCGCCGACUCGCGAUGCCGCGAUUUAUAUGGCGCACUUGGCAGAGAAGGGCCGCAUUCGUUUUCCCGUGGACUCUGCGUAUGAUAUGGAGGAUGCUGUGGCAGCGUACGAGAGGAUUGCUACUCAACGUGCCAGGGGAAAAGUUGUGAUUAAAGUGCGAAGUGAUUAA